AUGAUUUGUAAAGUGAUCGAGAAUUUAUAUUUGGGUGAUGUGCAAGAUGUUAUGGAUAAGUAUAGAAUUGAAAGGCUAAAAAAUGAAAUGAAGAUCAGUCAUAUUCUAACAAUAUCGUCUGAAGAGAUUCCGAUAGAAAGGCGUAUUGAUGGCAUUUGUUAUUUAUUUCUGUUUGCAUUAGAUACAAAUGUGCAAGAUAUGUUCGCUGAAAAUUUAUUAGCUAGAGCAAUUUCAUAUAUUCAUACAAAUACUAAGAACGAUGAUGGACGUGUCCUUGUACACUGUGAAGCGGGCGUAUCACGUUCAGUGUUUGUCAUUGCUGCAUAUUUGAUGCAAAAGUAUCAGUGGUCAGCAAAAAGGGCUGUCGAAUAUGUUCAGAAAAUACGGCCAAUAGCACAACCAAACGACGGCUUCAUAAAACAACUGGAAAUAUUUGAAUGUUCUGAUUUUGUGGCUGAUAUUGAAAUAAUUUCACGAAGACCUGUAUACAAAAAGUGGUUAUUGACUCUCUCUUCAUCAACUGUGGUAAAAAAUUCAAAAUCUUCUCUCAUGUUUGAUGUUAGCAAAGAUUCAAAUUCACUAGAUUCAGUAAAGUAUAGAUGUCGCAAGUGCAGGCAAACGAUUUUCUACGAUGACCACAUUGUUAGGCAUGAAAUAUCAAAAUCUGGUACAGUUUCUGGUGACGAAGUGGCAAUAGUAGAAUACUGCAGCUUCAUCUAUCAUGUAUUGCCUAUGAAAUGGAUGACGUUAGAAGCGUACCGGGGAAAGAUUUUUUGCUUGUGUAACGAAAAACUCGGUCAUUAUGAUUGGGGAGGACGUAUAUGUGAUGGAAAGGAUGGCAUACCAUGCGGAACAGCUGGUACUCUUAUCUUUAUAUUUAUGACAAAGUUGAAUUUAAAAUAA